GACACUGACACUAUUUCCAAUUUCUAUUUAUUUGGUUAAUUUUUCUUUUUUCCUGAUAGAUAUUCCAGUCAUUAAAAUAUUAAGAUAUCUGUUAUUUAUUCUGAAAAAAGUUAUUUAUAAGUUCUGUCUGUAUGAAGUGAAAACUAGUCACAAAUUUUCAGCAAUAUUAUUUUUCCAAUAAAUUUUUCACGAUGGAAGAUAUAUUCCAGUGGUGCAGAGACGGAAAUGCUUUACAGGUCAGGGUGUGGCUUGAUGAUACUGAACAUGACAUGAACUUAGGGGAUGAUCAUGGUUUCAGUCCUCUCCAUUGGGCUGCUAAAAGGGGUCACUUGAAAAUUGUUGAAAUGCUAAUACUUCGUGGUUCCAGAGUUAACUCAACAAAUAGAGGUGAUGAUACACCUUUGCAUUUAGCCGCAGCACAUGGUCAUAAAGAUAUUGUUUCGAAGUUACUCAAACACAAAGCUGAGGUGAAUUUUAUAAAUGAACAUGGAAAUACCCCCCUUCAUUAUGCUUGUUUCUGGGGUUAUGGUGAUAUUGCUGAAGAGCUUGUCUCUAAUGGUGCUAAUGUGGCUAUAGUAAAUAAAUAUGGGGAUACACCCCUUGACAAAACUAAGGGAAAUUUGGCUAAAGCACUUCACUCUCUUGCCGUUGAAACUGGACAAGACCUGAAAAAAAUCAAGUUCAAAGAUCAAAGUUGGCUGGGUUUGAAAACGAGAACACGUGAUGCCACAUUGUCCAGACACAAAGGAAUAAACAUAAAAGAAUUGCAUUUGAAAAAAGAAUUGGCAUCGACUCAUAGUGGGAUGACAUAUAUUGGUGUUUGGCAGAAGAAUGAAAUUGUUGCCAAAAUUCUUGCCAUCAGAAAUGUGACUUCAAGAAUUUGUAGAGAUUUCAAUGAUGAGUUUCCAAAAUUGAGAAUCUUUUCUCAUCCAAACAUUCUUCCAGUUAUUGGAUGUUGUAAUAGUCCUCCAAAUCUAGUUGUAAUAAGUCAGUAUAUGCCGCUGGGUUCUCUCUAUAAUGUUCUCCAUGAAAGUAGCGAUAUAGUGGUGGAUACUGCACAAGCCUUAUGCUUUGCAUUGGAUAUAGCAAAAGGAAUGGCGUAUCUACACAGUUUGGAAAAAAUCAUACCAGAGUAUCAUUUGAACAGUCGUCAUGUGAUAAUAGAGGAAGAUCUCACCGCUAAAAUAAACAUGGCCGAUGCGAAAUUCUCCUUCCAAGAAAAGGGCAGAAUAUAUUAUCCAGCUUGGAUAUCUCCAGAAGCACUACAGAAAAAAGUAACAGAUAGAAAUUGGGAGGCCUCUGAUAUGUGGAGUUUUGCCAUUUUACUUUGGGAGCUUGCAACAAGAGAAGUUCCAUUCGCCGAUCAAAGUCCAAUGGAAGUUGGAAUGAAAAUAGCACUGGAAGGAUUGAGGAUAAGUAUAAAACCAGGAAUCUCACACCAUCUCUCGAAAUUGAUGAAAAUUUGUAUGAAUGAAGAUCCGGGCAAAAGACCUAAAUUUGAUAUGAUUGUGCCGAUUCUUGACAAAAUGAAGCGUUGAAAAUAAUAAGAUGUGCCAUUAAGAAAGUGAGAUAUAAAAUAGAAGAACCGUUUGAAUCUAAUAUUUAAUGAGUGACUAACGGAUUUGUUGUAACAACGGACUAUUUAAUAUUUGAACGAAAGUUGAUCAAUUCAUGUAUUGCAUGGUAUUUAAUGGAUUCAGUCCUUACUUGAUUCAUAUUUGAUUUGAUGAAAAUGAAUAGUAAUUUGAUCACUUAAGAUUAUAUUGAGAAUCCAUUAAUUACAAAUGUUAAAUGGCAGUCAAUAACUUAAGAGUUGUUUUAGAAGCUUAUUUCAUAUUUUUCAAAUUACUUUUUUUAUCGCGAUAUUAAAUUCACACAUUCAUUUUAUAUGUGCAUUGAACCAUUAAUUUCAACAAUAAUUUCAAAUGCCAUUUUUUUUUGUUUCUGCUAAGUGGUAAAUAAAUUUUCUACUUAUAUUUCUUAAUAACAUCUUCAGAUUUCUGAUUGAGUUUCAGAAUUUUAUUUUAUAUAUGUAUAUAGCACCUACUUAUUCUUUGUAGUAAUGCUUCCACAUACAAAUCAUCAGAUUUCUUGUUAACUUCUGAAACUGCCUUAUUAUUUUAGUUUUUCUUAAAUUUAAUUGAAUAAGACCAAAACUACCCACAUAUAAUUCAUAGUACCUCUAUAAGAAUUGUAAAUUGAAUGUUAACAUUUGGAUUAUUGUAUUCAAGUGAAAAUGAAUCUCUAGAGACUCUAGAAUCUAGAUAAUAUUUUUAUAAUUCAUUAUUCAGUGAAUUUUAGCUUCCUAGUAUCGAUGUGCCUUAUAUUUGCCUUUUUUUUUACAAAAAAUAAUAUUUUUUUAAGAUUCACAUGAACCCUUGUUCUGAUGCUUUAUCAAAAUUUGAAUCGAAUUUCUAUGAAUUGUAUAUGCUGUUUCAUGGAACUGCUAAUUGCUUUAAUCGUUGUUGUAUUUAACCUUUUUUAAUUGUAUAUUAUAAAAGCUUUUUGGAAUGUAUAUUAAAUAUAUUAUUUAUUUAUUAACAAA